AUGUCUAACUUACUUGCAUGCAAUACAUCGGUUGCUAUAAUUUUCUAUUUAAUCUUGGUUAUUUCUGCAUCUAUAUAUGGUUUUCGUCAAGAUUGGGCAUGGAAUUCACUAUUAUGUAUUUUGCGAGCGUAUUCUUUUAUCGUUGCAUUGGGGGCUAUUUGCUAUUCAUUUUCAAUACAAUCUCUUAGUCGUUUGUUUUUUGUUAUUCAUUAUAAAUUAAAAUAUCUUCUUACAUGGCGUACACAUUCAAUUAUGAUUAUUUCUAAUUGGCUUAUUAGUUUAUUAAUUCCAAUAGUACCUCUAUUUAUUGAUGAAAGUCUUGGAUUAGAAAAAGAAUCACGUAGUUGUAUAUUAAAAACUAAUGCAUUUACAGCAGCAAUAUUUUGUAUGAUCAUGAUCAUUGGUAUACCAUUGAAUGUUAGUACUAUGAUUUAUUGUUCUAUUUUAUAUCAUGCACGUCAAUCAAUUCAUCGAGUUCUACGUUUUGAUCAAAAUAUGAAUAAAUAUAAGACAAUACAUAAUGCUAAACGUGAGGUAAAGAUUGUACAAAUUUUACUUGUUCAAACUGCUGGUACUUCAUGUGGUGGAAUUAUUUUUCUAAUUAAUGUUUUCUGGCAAGCAUUAUCAGAAAUACCUCUACCAAAAUAUAUGUUUUUAUUAGGAGUUAAUUUAACAACAAUAAGUGUUUCAUUUAUGAGUAUUGCACAUUUUAUGUUAAAUACGCAAGUAAAAAAAAUUGCGUAUCGAUACUUGUGUAAUUAUUGUUAA